UGUACCGCUGCCAUUUCCUGGAUUCCUGACAGCCUGAGAUUAGGAAGCUAAACUCUUCAGAGCGAGCAGCCGGAGUGAAUUCGUGUCGACUGGCCAGAGUCCGCGAAUUCAAGUCCGUCCAAAAGAGCAAAAAAAAAAAAGCAGUGAAGCAUCUUGUGGAUAUUUUACAACACUAAACCAACUCUUCAGGUAACCACAAAAGAAGAAAAUGUCACUCCACCAGUUUCUCUUGGAGCCCAUCACAUGCCAUGCAUGGAACAGGGACAGGACCCAAAUUGCUAUAAGUCCGAAUAAUCAUGAGGUCCAUAUAUACAAGAAGAGUGGGAAUCAGUGGAUAAAAGCCCAUGAACUAAAAGAACACAAUGGGCACAUUACAGGCAUUGACUGGGCUCCUAAAAGCGAUCGGAUUGUAACCUGCGGAGCGGAUCGCAACGCUUACGUAUGGAGCCAGAAGGACGGCGUGUGGAAGCCCACUCUCGUCAUCCUCAGGAUCAACCGUGCUGCCACGUUCGUGAAGUGGUCUCCGCUGGAGAACAAGUUCGCGGUGGGCAGUGGAGCUCGCCUCAUAUCUGUUUGCUACUUUGAGUCUGAAAAUGACUGGUGGGUGAGCAAACAUAUCAAGAAGCCAAUCCGCUCCACUGUCCUCAGUCUCGACUGGCAUCCAAACAAUGUGCUUCUGGCAGCUGGGUCAUGUGACUUCAAAUGCAGGGUGUUUUCUGCAUACAUCAAGGAGGUGGAUGAGAAGCCAGCUCCAACUCCAUGGGGAUCCAAGAUGCCGUUUGGCCAAGUGAUGGCAGAGUUUGGUGGAGCAGGCAGUGGAGGUUGGGUCCACAGUGUCUGUUUUUCUGCCAGUGGAAAUCGCCUGGCCUGGGUCAGCCAUGACAGCACUGUGACCGUGGUGGAUCCCACAAAAAGCUCAACGCCGAGCCAGUUGAAGACAGAGUUCCUUGCUCUUCUGAGUGUGACCUUUGUGUCUGAGAACAACAUUGUUGCAGCGGGUCAUGACUGCUGCCCAAUGCUGUUUAAUUUCGAUGAUGGUGGAAACUUGACCUUCAUAUCCAAGUUGGACAUUCCAAAGCAGAGCAUCCAGCGCAACAUCUCUGCCAUGGAGCGUUUCCGCAACAUGGACAAGAGAGCCACUACCGAGGAUCGCAAUAGCACUCUGGAGACCCUUCACCAGAACAGCAUCACCCAAGUGUCUAUAUAUGAAGGAGACAAAAGAGAUUGUCGCAAAUUCUGCACUACAGGAAUCGAUGGAGCGAUGACCAUAUGGGACUUUAAGACUUUAGAGUCUUCUAUCCAAGGCCUGCGGAUCAUGUAAACGAACUCGCUCUGAACUAGCAUGACGCAGCGCAAGCAACGAUGGCUUGAAGACUAACAAGGAGCUCUCUGAUAACACUUCUGAAAGUUUUUAACUGAGGAAAAAAAAAAAAAAAAAGCACUGACCAGUUUGUGAGCUGACGUGACACUCUUAAAAAUGGGGGGAGAAAAACAAAAAAAUGGAAAAAGGGUGUAGGGUCUUUUUUUCUUUCUUUCUUUCUUUUUUUUUCUUUUUUCUUCCUUUCUUUUGUUUUUUUUUUGUUUGUUUUUUUUAAUUCUAUGCCAAAGCUGGUGCUCCAGCAAUGUGUCAUUUGAUCGUUGGCACUCCGGACCUUUAGGGGAACCGGAGAGGAGUUAAAUUAAAAGGAGAAUUUUAUGUAAAUGGUCUGUUAGAAAUAAAAGAAAUAUACUACACACUA